AGUCAUGUGAUAGCUGUGUAGGGUCUAUUAGCUCUUAGUGUUGAUUCAAGCCAGCUUGUUUUUAGUUCACUAUCAUAGCUGCAGCAAUCUUUCAAUUCUCAGAGCUCACAACAUUAAGUGAACUAGCCAUCACAAUGUUAGCUGCUCUAGCUGUCUUGCUGACAUGUUUGUCACUGUCUAGUGCUGCCUCCAACUUCACCCUGUAUGCUGUAGCCGUGGGACAAGGAGACUGCAAUAUCAUACAAUGCCCCAACGGCCAGGACAUAGUGAUCGUGGACAUGGGUGCAAAGGACACUCAGUACGCUAGCCACGAAUACGUCACCAACCUUCUCAAGAACAAGUUUCAAGCUGCCUCUGCUGGGAAGAGAAUCCAUAUGGUUAUCAGCCACUCGCAUAUCGAUCAUUAUAACUACAUCACGGCUGUAAUGGAUGACGACCUCGUUGCCAACGUACAGGAAAUCAUUCUCGGGGAUACGUUCGCAAAGUACGGUGCUUCGUUUCGAACUUGGUUGACCGAUAAAUUACCAAAGUCGGUGUACACUGUUAACGAUGAGGACAAAUGCUUCGGAAACGAUGACUGCAAACCCACGCCUGUGUCUGGACUGCUGGGGGAUUCCCCCGCCCACACAAUGACGGCCGGUGACCCGUGGCAGUUUUGCGGUGAUGAUGUCAAAAUCACUGUCUUAGGGGCUAAUAUCGGUACGACUCAAAACUCUCGCAGCAUUGUACUGAGAAUGGUUUAUAACCAAUGGAGUCUCUUCAUGGCCGGGGAUUUUGAAAUGGUCACACCUCAGAAAGAACUGAUUAGUCAGUAUCCAAACGGAGAGAUGAAUUCUACAUACUACAAGGUGGCACAUCACGGAGCCUGGACCACCAAGCAGCCUAAUCUGCCAUUGCUGCUAGCAGAGAUACAGCCACAGAGAGCGUACAUGAGUCAGGCCUACCCCAACUGUUCCCAGUUCCAUCAUCCCAACUGUCAAACUAUCAAGAACCUCGAGGCCAUCGGCUCUAUUGAUAAAAUAAACGCAAAUCUUAAUACUCCAUUUGUGUGCUGGGAUGACCGUGUUGUAGUUCAGAAUGGAAUGGGGCUUGCUAUUUAUCAGACUUGCCGUUCCUAUUCUGCCGAAGGGCAAGUGUGUGAGGACGUGUGGGUGGAAGCCGACGGACGAUACGAUACAACACGAUAUGUGACCGUGCCCACGAUGUACGUGAGUGGGCGUGACGUGGGAACGGAGGACGGGAACAUGGAGUCGUUAGAAUGAGAGCUACGUAGCUAGUACAAACUGGAAAAUUAGUGUGUGUGUGUGUGUGUGUGUGUGUGUGUGUGUGGUUUUUAUAAUUAUACAUUUUGCUUAAAAUUA